UCGCAGGUAACGACAAAAAUUGGUCGCAGACGUUAUUCUGCGACCUUGUCUUACGACCGUUUUACUAAAGGUGUCGUAGGAUCGAUGUCGCUACAAUGUCGCAGUCUUUGUCGUAGACAAUAAAUCACGCGAGUCACAGUCUGUGUAUACAUUUCCGGUGACGUCAAAUUGUUGUCUAUCACAAAAUGUCAGACGAUAAGGUCACUAAAAAAUCGAAGUGGAGCGAAGGGGAGGUUAUUUUGUUGGUGGAGGAGGUUACCGGGAAUGAGAAAUUGGGGAAAAAGUUUAGCCCGGACAACACAGCAGUUGAUAGGACCAGGUUUUGGUCUGAAACUACUAAAAAAAUCAAUGCUGUUGGAGGAAAGGAGAGGAAUGUAAAGCAGGUAGAGAAGAAAUGGAGAGAUCUUAAGAGCCAAACAAAAUCAAGGGAAGUGAAGAGGCGGACAGAGGCCAAGAAGACAGGAGGGGGAGUAAGCGAAGUGUAA